CGCGUGGAGAAGGGAAAUCGGACGAUUUUGAAUAUACGUCAUCAUCAUGCGACGAGGGACACGUGACCUCGCACACUCGGCCGUGGUGUUAUGCAAAGAGUAUAAUGGCACCUCCUUCUCAGUUGAUGUGGCGAGGACGUCUAAUGGCCUCCUUGUGAGAAGGGAGUCUUGGAAAAGAAGAGCAGACGCUUGAGGGAGAGAAGAGUUUUUAUAUACCGGGGGAAAGGGGAUGAAAUGGAUGAAAGAGUGGCCCACAUUAAAGAAGAGGACUAUGAGUGGGGCACACCAGAGGAUUUGCCUGUGAAAGAGGAGGAUUACGAAAGAAGAAUUUCCGGCUGCAAAGUGGAGGAGAAGGAUGCUGCUGACAUUAAAGUCGAGGAUUCUGAAGGUCUCUCCAUUAGUCUCGAACUACGAAAGUGUGAAACUGGGAAUGUUUUCAAGCUAGACGUUUGCGAGGAAUCUCAUUCCGCUUUACAGCCCUGGUUGUCUAAUAAGGGACAACUGUAUAGCCAGCAGAAUUUGGUGGAAGGGAAAGCCGAGCUUCCGGAGUCUGCAGAAGCAAUCAAGGAAGGAAACGGGUCAGAAGCGGAAGAGCAGCAGGUGUCCGGGAGUGCGGGAAUACGUUUCCAGGAGAAUGGCAGCUUCUCCACGCCUUCAUUUGCUCCGAUCCCUCUCCAGUGCAGAGUGCAACAUCAACAGGAAAAUGAGAAGACGAAGAAGUCAACAAGAGGAUCAGAAAAUGUGACCGCAGCCUCUUUACAGUGCAGUUCUCUUACUGCUGCCCCCCAAGCACAGGUAGAAGCCGUCAACACUGAACAACAACAAAUGCAGAAGCCUGUCGGAAUUCAACCUGGACAGAAACCUUACUGUUGCACUGAAUGUGGCAAGCGAUUUUCACACAGCAGUAAUUUUAAUACACAUAAGAGAAGUCACACUGGAGAGAAACCUUACUGUUGCUCUGAAUGUGGAAAACGAUUUUCACACAGCAGUAAUCUUCAUAAUCAUAAAAGAAUCCAUACUGGAGAGAAGCCUUAUGCUUGUUCUGAGUGUGGCAAAUGCUUCUCACAAGUAAGCCACCUACAGGCCCACACGAGAAUCCACACUGGAGAAAAACCGUACAACUGUUCUGAGUGUGGCAAGCGGUUCUCACAAGUAAGCAACCUUCAGGCCCACGCAAGAACCCACAAUGGAGUAAAAUGUCCUGCUCUUCUGAAUGUGGCAAACGAUUCACCAAAAGUAGCGCUGUUAAGCAACACACACCCUCCAAGUGAGAAGGGAACCUUAGAAAGGAAGAGCAGACACUUAGGGGGAGAGAAGAGUUUUACACGGAGCAUGACGACCCCUGAAGAGGAGAGACUGGCACACAUUAAAGAAGAGGAGUGUGAGUGGGGUACACCAGAAGGUGUGUGUGUGAAGCUGGAGGCUGGUGACGUCGCCGUUUUUAAAGAGGAGGAGGCCGAGGCAGGGACACCUGACAUUAAAGAUGAGGAUUUAGAAGACUUGUCACUUGGCCUUAAAUUGCAAAAGUAUGAGAGUGAAAAUAUUUUAAAGCGGGAUGUUUGCGAAGUGGCCCCUUCCAGUUUACAGCAGUGGGUCACUAAUACGAGGCAGCUGGCUACCCAGCAGAAUUUUCUAGAACUGAAAUCCGAGUUUGAAGAGAAAAUCAAUGAAGGAAACCAUAGAGGAGGAGAGGAGCAAAAGUCCUCUGGGAGUGUUGGAAUCAAUGUCCAGGAGAACUUCAGCGUCUCUACAUCUUCAUUUGUUCAGACGUCUCUUCAGCUCACGUUGCCACACAAACAGGACAAGGAGAAGUUGAAGAAAUCGACAAGAGGACUGGAGAAUUUAACCCCAGGAGCUUUCCAGUGCAGUUUUCUUCCCACUGUCAAACUAACGCAGACCGAAGCCAUCAGCGCUCAUCAACUCCAAGUGCUUAAUACAGAUCAAGAGGUUUUAUACUCCAGCCAAGAGUGCAGAAACGACAAAGCUGACCGUAAAGACGAGUCGAUUUGGUCAAUUCAGAAGCCGUAUGCCUGUUCGGAAUGUGGCAAACUCUUUUCGCGCAGAAACAGUCUUCACGAGCAUCAGAGAAUUCACACGGGAGAAAAACCCCACGUCUGCUCAGAAUGCGGCAAAAGAUUUUCUCACAAAAAGAGUUUUCAAAACCAUGCAAAACUUCACACUGGAGACAAGCCUUACUGCUGCUCGGAGUGUGGUAAAGGAUUCUCGUUUUUAGGUAAUUUUCAUAACCACUUAAGAAUUCACAGUGGGGAGAAGCCUUACUGUUGUAGGGAAUGUGGCAAACGAUUCUCACAGAUAAGCACGUUUCAAACCCACACAAGAAUUCACACCGGGGAAAAGCCCUAUAGCUGUUUGGAAUGUGGGAAACAGUUCUCGCGCAGUAGCCAUCUUCAGAGGCACCGACGGAUUCACACCGGAGAGAAGCCAUAUGGCUGUGCCGAGUGUGGCAAACAGUUCUCCGCCAGUCACACUCUUCAGAACCACGCAAGGUUUCACACUGGCGAGAAGCCGUAUUGCUGUCCUGAAUGUGGUAAGCGAUUUUCACAAAGAAGGAGCCUUAACUACCACUCAAAAAUUCACACUGGCGGGGGAAAAGAAUCAGAGCUGAGUUAACCGUGAGGAGGAAGAAACAAAAAAAAAAGCAAGUGAAGCUGUGCUGGGGUGCUGAGGUCCGCGUCAAGGGUUCAUUGUCUGCCUACCAAUAUGUGCAAAGGAUACAGACCUAUAAAUACUUGGGAGUGGAGCUGGAUGAUAAAUUGGACUGGACUGCCAAUACUGAUGGUCUGUG